ACAGCAAUCUCACUGCUUCUGUAACUCAUUUCCGGUUCUUGGAUGUCACUUUAACUUUUCUUCUCUGUAAAUUUGUUUUGACCGCAAGGCACAGCUGGAACCUCUGUGAAUCUGCUGUGAUUCUGAAGGCUGCUGGAUAGAUGAAUUGUUCAUUGCUCAAACUCCUUUAAAUUUAAUUCAGCUGAAAUUUUUAUUUUAUCAGAUUGUGUCAGAAGCAGGAUCUGAAGUGGAGUUUCCAGUAUCCCCAGGAGCACUCAGUAAACACGGAAGGUACCUACAGGAUACACUUGUGUCCAUUGAUCUCUCAGAGCUGCUGAGAAUCAAAGAAGAAAGAAGACUCCUCGGGCAUCUGAUGAUCAAAAUGCAAGGAACAGUUAUGAUGGUGGCAGUGGUGGAGUGUUCUGCUACAGGCAUUUGGGAAGGUCACAGAGCUCUGAAUAUUCACUUUUAAUUCAUUCCACCAUGGAAAAAAGGCAUGGGUUUUGGAGCCAUUCAUAUAUGGUUUCAAAAUCUGACUCUGGCAUUUAUCCCUAGUUUUUUCUUGAAGGGCUCAAGGACUGAAGCAUCCCACAAAAUGAUUCUACUGGAUAAUUCCGAGCAGCUCCUGGCCCUAUUCGAAUCUUUAGCAAGGAGCAUUCCUGAGUCCCUGAAGGUGUACGGCUCUGUGUAUCACAUCAAUCACGGGAACCCCUUCAACAUGGAGGUGCUGGUGGACUCCUGGCCUGAGUAUCAGAUGGUUAUUAUCCGGCCUCAAAAACAGGAGAUGACUGACGACAUGGAUUCAUAUACAAAUGUAUAUCGUAUAUUCUCCAAGGAGCCUCAGAAAUCACAAGAACUUUUGAAAAAUUGUGAGAUCAUCAACUGGAAACAGAGACUCCAAAUCCAAGGUCUUCAGGAAAGUUUAGGUGAGGGGAUAAGAGCAGCUGCAUUUUCAAAUUCAGUGAAGGUAGAGCAUUCGACAGCAGUCCUCUUGGCUACGGAAGAUAUUCUGAAGCUGAAUGCCUCCUAUAAAAGCAAGUUUGGAAGCUGGGCUGAGACAGGCCACCCAGAUGAUGACUUUGAAAGGGAAAUUCCCAACUUUAAGUAUGCCCAACUGGAUGUCUCUUAUUCCGGGCUGGUAAAUGACAACUGGAAGCUAGGGAAGAAUGAGAGGAGCCUGCGUUACGUCAAGCGCUGCAUAGGAGCCCUGCCAGCAGCCUGUAUGCUGGGACCAGAUGGGGCCCCAGUCGCAUGGUUAACCAUGGACCCUUCUUGUGAAGUAGGAAUGGCCUACAGCGUGGAAAAAUACCGAAAGACAGGCAAAAUGGCACAGGUGAUUGUGCGAUAUAAGAAGUAUCUGCUUCAGAAGAAUAUUCCAUUUUACGUCUCUGUGCUGGAAGAAAAUGAACGCUCCCGCAGCUCUGCGAAGGCGGCGGGUUUCUUUGAGGCCUCCUGUGAGUGGCACCAAUGGACCUGCUACCCACAGAAUCUAGUUCCAUUUUAGACAGUGAAGCUGCUUAGCAAUUUGGGCAAGCCAUCUCUUAAUAUUAAAGCAGACACCACAGAAUAGCUUUCUUCACUUACAAAUGUUGAUUGGGCAUUUAUGAUACGGCAGGAAUUCUUCUCACAUGGAAACUUGAUGUUAAAAGACACAGUCAUGCUCUUGAGGAGCUCACAAUCCAGGCUGGAGGCAGGGGAGGGUAUAGUCUUUAAAUAUGCUUAAGCAUUGUAGGGAAGGACGGGGUUACCAGUAAACAUGUCACCAGAAAGCCAGGCUCAGUUCUUACCUCUGGGAAUCAGAACUCUUUAUGAAACUUGAUUGAUAGAAUCUACUAUCUGGAAGAUAAAUAAAGAACUUUAAUAAAAUUGUCAACAGAAUAUA